AUGUCCGGUGUUAGCAAAGCUUGCUGCUCGAUCCCGCCCGUCAUCUCCAAGGGCUACCAGGCCAAGGGGGAGUACAAGCAAAUCAAUGGCCUUAAGACCUAUGUGACCGGCCCCGAGUCGGCCACCAAGGCCAUCCUGGUCGUGUACGACAUCUUUGGUUUCUUUGACCAGACCAUCCAAGGUGCCGACAUCCUGGCCACCUCCAAUGAGCAGAAGUACCGUGUGUUCAUGCCCGAUUUCUUCGAGGGCAGCCCGGCCGACAUUUCGUGGUAUCCGCCCACCACCGACGAACACAAGGAGAAGCUGGGCAACUUCUUCCAGACCAAGGCCGCCCCGCCCAACACGCUCUCCAAGAUUCCGACGGUUGUGGCCGGGGCCAACAAGCUCGCCCCGGGUGGCAGCUUCCAGUGGUCCAUCCUCGGCUACUGCUGGGGCGGCAAGAUUGCGACGCUGGCCGCCGGCGCUGACAACACCACCUUCAAGGCCGCCGUCCAGUGCCACCCGGCCAUGGUCGAUGCCAACGAUGCGAAGAACGUGAAUGUGCCCAUGGCCAUGCUGGCCUCCAAGGACGAGCCGGCCCAGGAUGUCGACGCAUUCAAGGCCGCCCUAAAGGUUCCCAAUCACGUCGAAACCUUCUCAACCCAGAUCCACGGCUGGAUGGCCGCCCGAUCGGAUCUGGAGGACCCCGAGGUGCGUAAGGAAUACGAGCGUGGAUACAAGACUGCUUUGGAGUUCCUCCACCAGCACGCGUGA